AUGCCUCGCCUCCCCAUCCCCCAUCUCCCCAUCCAUCAUCUCCCCAUCUCUCACCUCCCAUGCCUCGCCUCCCUAUCCCUCAUCUCCCCAUCCCACAUCUCCCCAUGCCUCGCCUCCCCAUCCCUCAUCUCCCCAUCCCUCACCUCCCCACGCCUCACCUCCCCAUCCCUCAUCUCCCCAUGCCUCAUAUCUCCCCAUCCCUCAUCUCCCCAUGCCCCAUAUCUUCCCAUCCCUCAUCUCCCCAUGCCUCAUAUCUCCCCAUCCCUCAUCUCCCCAUGCCUCGCCUCCCCAUCCCUCAUCUCCCCAUCCCUCACCUCCCCAUGCCUCACCUCCCCAUCCCACAUCUCCCCAUGCCUCGCCUCCCCAUCCCUCAUCUCCCCAUCUCUCACCUCCCCAUGCCUCACUUUUCUUUCAUCCCAUUUCCCCCUUGCUCACUCUUCAUCCUCCUUCACUCACCCCACUUGCCCCCUUCUCAAUCUCACUCGCCCUGCAUUCAUCCCAUUUCCAUUACACAUGCUCAAGAUCAUGACCCCUUCUAUGAUCAUUGCACCCAUCUCACCUCCCCUCCCUCUUACCACUUAUUCCCUCUCUCCCCCAAUCCCCAUCUCUCCACCCAUCGCCCGUCAUUUUCUCCCCCUCCCCUCUCCUCUUUUAUCUUCUCAUUCACGCAUCUCCCAUCCUCAUCUCCACUUCGAAACCUACACGUCUCACACUCCCGCACGCAGGGACCCUCGGUUCUGCCAGCAUUACCCCACUUCCCCUCCCCCACCACUUACUCCCAUCUCACAUCCUCUCCCACUAACCACUAACACCCGUCUCACCUCCCCUCUCCUUACCACUUGGUCCCAUAUCACCUACUCUCCCCUUACCACCAAGUCUCAUCUCACCCUCCCUUCCCCUACCACUUACUACCAUCUCAUCUCCUCUCCCCAUACCACUUACUCCCAGCUCACCUCUUCUCCCUCUACCACUUAG